GUUUAUGUUUUGUUUAUGGUGGUCGAAACAAAACGACAAGUGCACGCUACUACAAGCUGAGUGUUACCGAAAUGAGUGGUAAAAAACAAGGUCCUGCCCCAACGGUAGACCAGAUAAUUGCAGAUUCUUUGACACAACUGGCUAGCCGUUACUGGGCCCCAAAUAGUCCAAUACCCUUACAACCAUUUGAAUCAAAGGUUGUUGAAGAUGUUUAUAAAAAUGAACUUGUCAAGACAAAAUUUGCUAUUCGUCGAGUUAUGUUGCUGGAGUUCAGCCAGUAUUUAGAGAACUUCCUUUGGCCAAAUUAUAACCCAUUAAAGGCUUCCAAAGCUUAUAUUCUAUCGGUGGCCAUCUUGAUUAAUGAGAAGUUCAGAGAAGGUGUCCCUGCUUGGCAAGGUGUUGAUUUGAUACGUGAACAAGUGCAGCGAUUAGUGUCACUUCCCAUGUGGGCUUCCCUCCUUGAGACUCGUCUUGAACAAGAAUUGAAGAAAGAUAAACGAUAUCGAAAAUUCUGGAAUGUCGUUAAGAAGAAUGAUGGAAAGGCAGAUGAAGAAACAAGAAAAAGGAAUCAUUUUGAGAGGCAUUUCUUGGCUUCCCUUAUCAAGCGGUUUUACAAAGUAUUAGACUCUAUACCAGAAGAAGGUAAAGUUUCAAAUGACAAACUGCGAUACUGUGAACGUUUCAUUGAACUGUUAGUGGACUUGGAGGCUCAACUUCCAACUAGACGCUUCUUCAACGUUGUAAUGGAUGAUUGUCAAGUUGUUGUUCGUUGCAUGAUGUCUGCAUUAUCAAAGCGUGCUGAUGGAAAACUUUUUACAGAGCUUUUAGAUAUGCUGAAAUUCUAUGCUGGUUUUGAGAUAAACGAUUCAACUGGUAGUGCUCUGACUGACCACCAGAUGACCGAGAGACACUAUGACCGAAUGAGUAUCCUCCAAAGAACAGUCUACAAACUCAUUCCAGAGCUCAAACAGUUUGCUCUUUCAAAUAUUGGCAAUGUGGACAGACGGAAAUCACUCACUAAGCAUUUUGAAAUUAUAAGGUAAGAUCCUCCCGUUACAUUUCAAAGUAUUUUUCUUAUGCCAAUUGUAGUGGAUGCCAUUGCACUAUAAAAGUAUUAUAAUUUAUACUAUUUCUAAUAAUUGCAGGUUUCACGACAUGAAAAGCGCCCAUCCCAGAUUCAAGCCCUCAACGAAACCCCACUGUAUCCAACAGAAGAAAUUCUCUGGGAUGAGAAUGUUGUUCCUACUGAGUACUUCUCAGGAGAAGGUUGCUUGGCACUGCCAAAAUUGAAUCUACAGUUUUUAACAUUGCACGACUACUUACUGCGCAAUCUAAAUCUCUUCCGACUCGAGUCCACAUACGAGAUCAGGCAAGACAUCGAAGAUGCUUUAUAUCGUAUGAAACCAUGGCAGGCAGAAGAUGGAAGCGCAUACUUUGGGGGUUGGGCAAGGAUGGCUCAGCCAAUUUCAGCAUUUUCAGUUGUAGAGGUUUCAAAACCAAACAUUGGUGAAAACCACCCUUCACAAGUAAAGGCUGAUGUUACGUUGACCCUUAACCUCCGAAGCAAUAUCAAGGCAGAAUGGGAAGGUUUACGGAAGCAUGAUGUAGCGUUCUUGAUCACAGUGUGGCCAACCAAGAAGAUUGGUACUCGCUUUGACUUCAAGGAAAAUUUUGUUGAAAAUGUUGGCUUGGUAUCAGUAAGAGGGUGUGAGAUAGAGGGCAUGCUGGAUAAUGAUGGAAAAGUCAUUGAAGAUGGACCAGAGCCUAAACCAGAGCUGCAUGGUGCUUGUAGGACGUGGCGUGUUUGGCUGGAUGCCAACCAAUAUCAGAAGGACAUGGCUGCCACAGCGAGUGGGGCAGCAGAUAUCUAUGAAUCAUUUAACAUCAUGAUGAGAAGAAAACCCAAAGAAAACAAUUUCAAGGCUGUGUUAGAGACCAUCCGUGACCUAAUGAACACAGACUGGGUUGUUCCUGAUUGGCUGCAUGACAUCAUCUUAGGCUAUGGUGAUCCAGGAGCUGCUCAUUAUUCAAGACUCCCUAACCAAGUUGCAACAUUAGAUUGGAAUGACACAUUUUUGAAUCUGGAUCAUGUGAAGGCUAGCUUUCCAGACAAUGAAAUCAACUCUACUGAUCCAAGUGGCAGUCCUCCAUUCAAGUUGACAUUUCCAAUUAAGAAUAUUAGUAAGAAAAGGAAAAGAGAUGAAGAAAAAAAGAAGGAAGAGAAAGAAGAUAAGAGAAUUAAAGUGGAGCCUCAUGUUAUUCUGAACCGUGGACCGUAUCCUUACAAUCAACCUAAGAAGAACUCAAUUCCAUUUACACCAACACAGACUGAAGCAAUCAGAGCCGGAAUGCAACCUGGCCUAACUAUGGUUGUUGGACCACCAGGAACAGGUAAAACUGAUGUUGCUGUCCAGAUUAUCUCCAAUAUAUAUCAUAACUUUCCGGAUCAGCGUACUCUGAUUGUAACCCAUUCUAAUCAGGCAUUGAACCAGCUGUUCGAGAAAAUCAUGGCACUGGAUAUCGAUGAGCGACAUUUGCUUCGACUCGGUCACGGCGAGGAAGGGUUAGAGACCGAGAAAGACUUCAGCAGGUAUGGACGUGUGAAUUAUGUACUAGGACAAAGGUUGGAACUACUUCAGGAAGUUGAACGGUUGCAGGAGAGUCUGUCAGUGCCUGGAGAUGUAGCCUACACAUGUGAAACGGCUGGACAUUUCUUUCUCUACCAGGUUGUUGCUCGUUGGGAAAAGUUCCUAAGCCAGAUACGUAGCAAGCCUGGAGAAUGUAGUGCGAUACAACAGUAUUUUCCAUUUCACAAGUAUUUUGCAAAUGCCCCUCAACCUGUGUUUAAGGGAAACACCUACAGUGAAGAUAUGGAUAUUGCAGAAGGUUGCUACAGGCAUAUUAAGAAGAUUUUCCAACAGCUUGAGGAAUACCGGGCUUUUGAGCUGCUACGAAGCGGCUUGGACAGGUCAAAGUAUCUGCUCAUCAAAGAGGCAAAGAUCAUAGCUAUGACAUGUACGCAUGCUGCCCUCAAGAGGCGAGAUCUUGUUGAAGUGGGUUUCAAGUAUGACAACAUUCUGAUGGAAGAGGCUGCUCAGAUUCUUGAAAUUGAGACCUUCAUCCCUCUCCUAUUACAAAAUCCUGAAGAUGGUUUUAGUCGUUUGAAACGUUGGAUCAUGAUAGGUGAUCAUCAUCAGCUGCCUCCUGUCAUUAAGAACAUGGCGUUCCAGAAAUACUCUAACAUGGAGCAGUCACUGUUCACCAGACUUGUCCGCCUUGGUGUUCCUACAGUAGACCUUGAUGCCCAGGGUAGAGCUAGGCCCAGUUUGUGUGCGUUGUACAGUUGGCGCUACAAGAAGCUUGGUAAUCUACCUCAUGUACAGCUACAGGACCAAUUCCAGAAGGCUAAUGCAGGUCUUGUUUUUGAUUAUCAAUUGAUCAAUGUAAUGGACUUCAAUGGAGUAGGCGAAUCUGCGCCCAAUCCUUACUUUUACCAGAAUUUAGCUGAAGCUGAGUAUGUGGUAGCGCUGUUCAUGUACAUGCGUCUCCAAGGUUAUCCUGCUGACACGAUUUCUAUAUUGACAACAUACAAUGGACAGAAGCAUUUAAUCCGUGAUGUCAUCAAGCAGCGCUGUGCUAGCAACCCACUCAUUGGUGAGCCGAGUAAGGUUACAACAGUAGAUCGCUUUCAAGGUCAACAAAAUGAUUACAUUCUACUUUCUCUUGUCCGAACCAAGACUGUUGGUCAUUUACGGGAUGUCCGGCGUCUGGUUGUUGCUAUGUCUCGAGCACGACUUGGUCUCUACAUCUUUGCUAGAGCAUCUCUCUUUCAAAAUUGUUAUGAGUUGCAACCAGUUUUUGAUCAGUUAAUGUCACGACCUCUUAAACUGCAGCUUGUUCCAGGUGAAGGGUUCCCAACAACUAGAAAGCUGUCUGAUCAAACUGGUUUGGAUGUACUUCAGAUUGAGGAGAUGCCACACCUUGCUUCAUUUGUCUUUGAGUAUUAUCAACGGAGAGUAAAACAACUGCAGUCAUACCAGAAAUAUAAGAGCUUAGCAGCCCCUCCGAAAGGUCAACUCAAAGCUUCAGCAGACAAAGUAGAAGAUAAGCCAGUCAGUCAAAGUAAAGAAUCCGAUAAAGAUGAGAGUACCUCAGAAGAGGUUAGUAGUACCAGUAAACAGGAGGAGCAACAAACAGAAAAGCAACUGAUGCCUGAACACCCAGGAGCUGAUAGCAGUGAUGAUGAAGAGGAGGGGGUACAAUGAGACUGCUGGAAUUACUGCAAUGAUUCAAUUCAAUAAAAAACAAUAGCAAAAAACAAAAACAAUAACUUGUAAUAAUGUAAUGUGAUCAACCCUGCAUUUCAACCUUGGUACUCUCGCCAACUAUGAUGUUAUUGUACUUUUAUUAAUUGUAAGGAUUUCAUUAUCGUUGAAAGAGUUAUGAGAAUACUGGUACACUAAACUAGUAGUUUUUAUCGAUUUCAAGUUCAUGCUCUGUUAAGUCAUGUCUGCACACACAUCAGUACUGUAUUCCAAUAGAUCUGCAAGUUAUACUUUCUCUAGAAAAUGACUGAUAUGUUUUACAGUUUACAGUGACCAUCGGCUCAACAUCACCUUCACAGCAUUCUAUGUUUUUAUGUCUGCUUCAAUAUGAUUUUGAUAAUAAUAAACGGAAGCAAAGUAAAAUAAUAAUAUUAGUUAUGCUAUGAUUAGUAUUUACCAUAUUAUGAAAUUUGUUAUAAACAAGACAGGAAGGAGGAGAGAUGAAAUGGAGCCAUUAAACAGUAACUGAUGAACAAUGCACUAGGUCAUUGCUAGGAAAUUGAGGCAUUUUACACCUUAUGAUGUAUUGGUUACAUCGUUGAAAGAUAUGCUUAUUUAAAAUAACACCUUCUUACAAUGUAUUGGUUACAUCGUUGAAAGAUAUGCUUAUUUAAAAUAACACCUUCUUACAAUGUAUUGGUUACAUCGUUGAAAGAUAUGCUUAUUUAAAAUAUUUAAGUGAAACUGAUUGCUUCAGGCUUAAAUGUAAGAAUAAACAUUUUUUUUUAUUAAAUGGUAUUUUGUAGGAAUUCUAA